AGCGUGACGUCUGUCAGGCUUGCGGAAUAGACGAUCAUGGAAUGACCAUUGUGGUGAGACGCCACAGUCAGAUGUUUUACAGAUGUCGUCGCUCUGAUUGUUGAGAUUAUCGUCAGUUUUUAAAGGAUGAAUUCCAUCCGGAAAUGGCUGUACAAGCCGAAGAAGACAGACAGCUCCUUAUUAGCCCAGUUCUACUUUGCGGAUGAAGAGCUAAAUGCAGUGGCAGCUGAACUUGAUAGUUUUGACAGCCGCAAAGACCCAGAGCGAUGCACAGCCUUAGUAACUCAGCUAAGAGGCUGCCAGGACAAAGUCCUGAACAUCAUUCAGAGGAUGAUGACUGAAGCCAUCCCAUAUUCUCGAACAAGCAGAGACUUUCGUGUAAAGUUUCCUGAUGAUGUAGUGCAAGAAAAUCUUGCUGGACAGCUUUGGUUUGGAGCUGAGUGUCUGGCAGCAGGCUCUAGCAUCAUGAACAGAGAAAUAGAAAGUGCAUCCAUGCGGCCACUGGCUCGUGCUCUUACGAAAAAUCUUGACAGCUUGCGAUGCAUUUUAAGAGAACAAUCUCUUUCUAAUGUCAUUGAAUACACAGAAAGGAUACAGGAGGCGCUUACUAUUUUUGACAAACUCUUUGCUGAUUUUGAGCUGAGGUAUGUCAGUGCUAUGGUACCUGUUAAAUCUGUCAAGGAGUAUGAAACAAUCCAGGAGAUCACAGUUCUUUUUUCAGAGACAGUAAUCAGGGCAAAGAAACUUGGUUAUAUCACAACGGACAUGAUAGAUGAGUAUGAUCCUGCACUGAUGUUUACAAUACCUCGCUUAGCUAUUGUUUGUGGUUUGCUGAUAUACAGUGAUGGACCUUUAAAUCCAGACAGUCAGUCAUGGAACAUGUCUGAUAUGUUUCGUCCGUUUCAGACUCUACUCUAUAAAAUCAGGGAGUUACUUUACACAUUAUCUGAGGUGGAGCUGCUGACACUGGAGCGCGCUUUAUGCAGUCAAGAAGAGCCAGCUUUCCUUGCCUCCUCUACCUCCACUAUGGGGAUCACUGCUGUGGCUGCUACUACAUCUGACACUGCUGUGCAGACCGACGAUCUUCCCUCGAAAGCAUCUCUAGACACAGAAGACACCCAGACUCUCAGCAGCUCAGAGAGAUCUCCAGAUGUCUUCCAGGUAGCAGAUUUGUUGCCACAAAUGGAAAAGGUGGAAGAUGAUGUGAGCUCAUCUGAUUCUGUAGAAGAUAGCUUAGUUCAUCUGGGCACUCUCACAGAAUUCUGCAUCAACCACUGUCAUCACUGUGUGGCUGAGAAUCCACCUGAAAUGGAGGAAAGGGGAAGGCCAAAAAGUCUUAACAAAUGUGACAGCAAUGACUCAGGACUGCAUAGUGAUGUGAUCAGCAACUCUGACAGCCUUCACACCAUGUCUUCCAGUAACUCUCACCAGCUGCUGAGCCAUUCCACCGUCUCCUCACCACCAAUGAGCCCAUUUGAUGAUGAUCCACAUGAUAUGGCAGCAGAGAGUUCCACACAGGAAGAAUCUCAUCUGCUGGUCAGUCAGGAUGAUAGGAAAGAUUUUGCUCUUCACCGCCAGUGCAAUUCACUCAUGACUCAGGGAAGCUGUACAGUAGCAGAAGUAGCAUCUGUUUUUGCAUCUGGAGAAAAUGCUGAGGACUUGGUUCUCCAUUUCGCCAGACCUUCAGCUAAUCAGGGUGGAAUAUCCAGUUCAGUUGCUAAAGAGAAAAAGUUGAAGAAGAUGAGGAGGAGAGUUUUUACUCGGCUUCUCCUGGAGAUUCUCCGCAGCGGCAGCUCAAUAACUCCAAGAUAUUGGCUCCACAUAUAAGCACCCCAUGGAGACCAGUUGCAAACUCUUGUGACCCAUGCCCAGAAUGGACAUGCAGAUGAUGUCAGACAUCUCUCUACAUGUGAUUUCUCCCCAGUCCAGGGUUGUUGUGAUGAUGCUUCAGGGCAACAUAACUUCACUCCAUCACCACUUGGUUCGCCCAGAGUAGAUGUAAGAAAUGGACACGACUUGAACAGACCUUUAGAGGAUGAUUGUAUGGUUUCUGGAUGUAUAAUACCUGAAAGCCAAGAUGUAAUUCAGGGUGCACAUGUUGAAAACAUGAGCAUUGACAAUGAAAUCCCUUCUGAUCAUAAAAGCAAAAACCAGAGUGACAGAGAGGAAGCAAAUCAGCCUGUUAUGCAGGAAUUUAAUGGCACCUUUCAGGAUGUCCCUCUGCUUUUGACAUCCAGGCAAAAGAGCAACUUUCGGAAUAGUUCAGUAGACAGAGGCGUGUAUGUCAUGUCAGAAGAAGAAAAUGAAGAUGUUGAUAUGAAAGGGGAGCAGGACAGGCCAACUUGUGAGUGUGGUCAUGUUACUUCUGCUGAACUUGCCUGUGACAGCUCCAUGCACAGACAAGAUUCUUUGUCACAUUCACAUGUUGAAAGCAGAGAGAACAGUGAAUCCAAUGUGGCUGAUUUGAUUGAAGUGCCUGAUCCUGGCCAGAUGAUGAUGGAGGACUGCAGCCAGGGUCACUCAGACAGGUGCACCCAGACUACUCAGAGCGCCAUUAACAACUCACACUCCUCCAAAAUUCUUCACCACCAUCACCAUCACCACCACUUUCAUCACCACCACCACCAUCACCACCACACUCUUCCACAGCAUGGCACACCCGGUGUUCCUGAUGAAGUGUGCAGCACUGCCUUUCAUGCAGGCUGCAACAAGUGUGAUAAAAUAAAAGCUAGUGCCAAGGAAUUGGCAGAUGGCAAAUUGAACAAAGUGGCACCAGAUGAAAGCCCAAGUCUUAGUGAAAAAGCUGAAGUUAGCCAUAGCAACAAAGCAAAGAGCAGUGCAAACAGGUCAUGUAAUCAAGAACAUUCUUCAGCAGGGAAGCAGAAUUCCAGGAAGAGAGAAUUUGCAGAGGUGGAUUCUUCGGCUUCCAGCAGGCAGUGCACAGAUAAUUCAUCUAACUGUUCCAGCAGCAGCGAAGAAGGCAGCAGGACAUGGAGCAAGAAGGGAGAGAAUCAGGUUGCAAAGGACAACCCACCUUCACCUGAAGUGGCCAGUGCCAGUAGUGGGUGUGAGGCUGCCAGUUCUGCUAGUGAUUGUGAGUGGGAAGGGGAAAGCUGUAGCAGUAGUGAGACAAGUUCUUACAACUCUGAAUGCCAUGAUGAUGAGGAGAUUGCCCUUGCAGUACAAGCUGCAGAGCUAGCCAGUCGAAAUCAAGCACGUGCUCGUUUUCGUAGCAGUUCUGACAUGAUACACAGGCUCUUUGUGUGUAUUUCAGGUGUAGCAGAUCAACUGCAGACAAAUUUUGCUGGUGAUUUGCGGAACAUUCUUCGUGUUGUCUUUAACCUCCACUGCUCUGAGCCAGUUGUGAUGGAAGAGGAAAAGUUCUUUACCCGUAGACGUCAUGGCAGUAAUUUUCACCAAGGCUUUGACAGAGACAUACCGCAAAGCCAAGGUUUCAGAGGUAUAAGAGAGCCUCCACCAUGGAUUCCAGAUGAUCAAUCCACAAUGUGUAUGUCCUGCAAAACUCCUUUUACAUUUGUUCGUCGUCGCCACCACUGUAGAAAUUGUGGCAAGAUCUUCUGUGGGCGUUGCUCAUCAAAUGCUGUUUCCUUGCCUCAUUUUGGGCAUUCUAAGCCAGUACGUGUCUGUAACCGGUGCUUCAUGUUUCAAGUAACUCCAUUCACCAUGCAAGCACACUGAUGUUGAAUAAUGUUUUGCAUUGCAGUGAUCAGCUGAAUGUCCUUAUUUGACGAGCAUGUGUGCCUGGUGAAUGUAAGAUAUGUUGAUGCUUUUUUGCACUUAGCUAUGUAACAAAAUUUGAUGUGCAUUUGGCUUGAGACAACAUGAAAACUGUCAUUUCAAAAUUCUUAAACAAAAUAUUGUUUGAAAGAGUACAAUUUUUCAGUUUAUCUUUGCAAAUAGUAUUGACAGAUUUUACUUCAGUUUUCAAUUUAAGUAUCAUAGCAGAUUUUUCACCUUUUUUAAUUUUGGUUGUUGUUUUCCUACCUGCUAUACGUGUAUAAGAGUGUGGGUACUCAAAUAAGUACAUGCAGUUUUAUUUUUCUCAGGCUUGAAAUUUAAAUUUUCCAUGAAAAUUGAAUUUCAUGAAAAGAAUUUAAUUAAGAACUUUUGCAUGGUAUGAUUUUUCAAUUUACUUGCAUAGAUACCUUUAACACUGUAGUUAAUCACACAGAAUAAUUGUCAGUUGACCAGGAAAAUUAUCCUUGUGUGUUUUUGGGGGAUUUUUUUUUUUUUUUGUAUUUUUGCAUGUGAGUUAAGGAGUUUUAUUUUUCACAUAUGGUAAUACAAUGUACAAUGGAUGCAAUUAUUAAAAUGAGAAUAUUGCAUCUAAUGUCUUUUCUAAAUGGCAGUUUCUAUAUUGGCAUUGGAUUUAUGUUAACCAUUUACAUUAUUUUGUAGUUCCGUAUUCCAGGAAGCAUACUGACAGUGAUCAAAAUUUCUAUUGAAUAUUUUUAAGGUGGAGGGUUUUCUUUUAACUGUCUGCUUUAAAUGGGCUGUGAUAAUGUACAUUCAUGAGCUGUUUUGUGUUUAACCUGUGCACUCAUUUAAAAGACCCACAAACAUGCCUGCUUACAAAUAUGCAAAAACAUAUACAUACAUCCACAAAAAUGUUUUCUUAGUUUGAAUUUAUUACCAACAACUUGUAAAUAAGUCAUGAAAUUGCUGAAGUUUUAACUUACCUGCAUUAUUUACUGGUAUUUCAAGUGAGGAAAAUCUUUUGUGUGCAACAUACAAAUCUGGUUAUGAAUCAAAGAAAGCUUAUGCUUGCAGUAAUAGGAUACUUUAAAUCUGAUAAAAUUAAAUUUACCUUCACAAACUUAGAAUCACUGGGUAUUAUAUUAUGAAAUAUAUAUAUACCUUCAUUUUAGUUCAGACAUUGGUGAUGGUUUCCUUUGAAAGUGUUUUAGAAGUUUUAAAUGGGACAAUUUUCUAUAAAGCAAUAGAUGAUGUGUUCAUUGAACAAAAUUUUUCAUGAAGUAUUUAAAUGUAAGAAACAGAAAAAUAAAAUGGCAAACUGUUUCGUUCAUUUAGAUGAAUGAUAACAUUUGAUUGAUUUGUUGUGUGUGAGGUGGGAGGAGGUUUUUUUUAAAGAAUAUUUUUUUAGAAGAGUUGUGAUAACUUUUUCUUAAGUGUUAUUCUGGGGUUCUCCUUGUAUUGUGACACCAUUCAAUAUGUUUUAGAGACCUUUUGCAUUUUUAUUUUAGAAAUUGUUGGAAUAGGAAGACGAUCUCAUGGGUGUUUUUUAUGUUUUUGCACAGUAACAGCUGUCUGUGUUUAAAUGUGACCACUCAUCAAUUUAUUGUUAUAAAUGAAAAAGGUGCCUUACUAGACAUACCACAGGAAUAUUCAGUAAAGGCUAGAGGACUUUAAAAUUGUUCUUCUUUCUUAAAGUUUUUCAGUGCGAUAUAAGAUAGAAAUUGUAUGGUUUUGAAUUCCCUAAUGCUUUAUUGUAUGGGGAUAGAAUAAAUAUUGGAUGUUUAACCAGUGCUGAUACAUGUCUAUUAAAUUUUAAUAAAUAAAUUACAGAAUAUGCAUCCUGUACAUUUGAAAUAAAAGUUCAGUGCUUAAAUUUGUGCUCUUCUAAAGCAAUAAAAUAGUUUGAAAGAUCGAAAAAGGGGUACAUGUCUACAUGUUACCCACAAGUUGCAUAGUCAUUAGGUACCAUAGCUUUCACAGCACAUUAAUGGGCCUUAUAAGAGGAGAAGUUCGAACAGAUGUCUCUACAAAAGACACGAAAAACUUCAACUAAAGGUCUUGAUCACUUGAUAAAAACAAUUUAUGUCUAUAUCAAAAGUGUAUUGUGCUCAAAGAAGUAUCAUCUAAUGUUACAGAGAUCCCAUUAACCCACCAUCAAACUAAAUUAAUGAGUCCCCCUCUCUUGCACUUUAUUGCUGUGUAAUGAUACAAUUUUCAUUGACUGAAGAUGUGUAUUGCAAUAGAAACAUAUAAAAUAGUACUUAACAUUUAAAUGGUGUCUGUAAUCACCCUAUACUUAAUGGAGUUUGUCAUUAUGGAAAUAUGUCUUUUGUAUAUACAUUAAAUGACUUCCAUGGAUGACUCGCUAGUUUUUUUAAAUGGUUUGCAGAGACUUGCUAAAUUCAUCAGAACUGAAUAAAUGUUGCCAAAGCUGAUCACAGAAAUGUUAAAUUCACCGCACAUGUAAAAGGCUAACUUCAAUGUUUUUUGUGUGAUCUUUUUAUGCUGGGUUCAAAUUGUCAAUGUGCUUUUCGUUUCCCAUGUUACUUUUGAGCAAAAACAUUGUAUUUUCACUUUACACCAGGGUCAUUGCUGUCUGCAUAAAAAUAAUUUUUCUGAUAAUAAAUUGUCUCACAAGAAAAAGAUCAUUCACAGCA